UUAAAAUGGUCUUUUUGUCAUUCAAUUUUCCACGAUGGCAUGAUCCAAGUUGGUACUUGGGAGCGUUUCCUCCAAUCUCUGUGUCUUGAGUCUCCACUCUGGAAAUCAGUUUUAAAAUCUGAGAACCAGUUAACCCAAUGAAGAAAGGCUCCAAAUCAAAUUAUCUGAACUCCGGGUGCUCAAAUUCGUCUUGAGAGCAAGCAAACUCUCGCAACCGACUACUCUAAAGAGAGAGAGAGAGAAAGAAAGUUGAAUUGUGUACUAGAUAUGGCGGUGGUAGAGUCGGAUUCCGGAGCUUUCAUGGAGAAAUUUGCACUCCAUCCUCCAACUUCUUCUCCUCAACAUCUCCCACUGAACGGCCUCACUUUCGCCAUUAAAGACAUAUUUGAUGUCAAAGGAUACGUGACUGGAUUUGGUAAUCCAGAUUGGGCCAAGACCCACUUGGCUGCCGUAUCAACGGCUUCUGCUGUUUUAGCUCUUUUGAAUGCUGGUGUCACAUCUGUUGGUAAAACUGUCAUGGAUGAAAUGGCCUACAGUCUAGAGGGAGAAAACAUACACUAUGGAACACCAAUUAAUCCAUGUGCCCCAGAUCAGAUAUCUGGAGGAUCUUCAAGUGGAUCUGCCGUAGCAGUGGCAGCAAAGCUUGUAGAUUUCUCCUUAGGCACUGACACUGGAGGAAGUGUAAGAGUCCCCUCUGCAUUCUGUGGAAUUUAUGUGUUUCGGCCUUACACAAUAAUUCCUACUAUUGGUGUCAUUCCUAUGGCACAGAGCUUAGAUACAGUUGAACGGGUACAGGAAGCUCUAGUGGUAACAAUUGAAAACAUUGACAUCUGCCAUACGGUUAGGAAUGAACUCCGUGCUGCUCUUACUGAACUGCUUGAGGAAUUUGGUAUACUUGCUAUACCUACAGUUCCUGGGCCUCCACUUAAAUUGCAAACAGAGACUGUUACAGUUGAAAAUUUUCGUGCUAGAGCAUUUAGCUUGCUGCCUAUUGCUGGAAAUUCUGGGUUUUGCCAGGUGAAUAUACCUUUGGGAAUGUAUGAUAACUUUCCCGUAGCAGUGUCUCUACUGGCCAAGCAUGGUGCAGAUGGUUUUUUGUUGAAUCUUGUUGAGAACCUUGAUGGUUUUUUGAAGGAACAGAUUGAAAUUACUCAGGGAAUGAGUUUCUGAAGUUGUCUCUUUGUUCUAUUCAAGGUUAUUGAUUCAGAUAAGCCAAGAGAUGCACAGUAUCAUACCUGUCGAUGAGAUUGAAGACAACCUUUUAGCGAAAGAAUAGAGGCAGCCAACUCUCUAAGUGAAUCUCCAAUUUGUAGGUACUUGUGCCAUGGAUAGGAGAACCCAAACUUGCCAUGCCAUGGUUCCCACCUCGCAAAAUUUGCCUGGAAAAAGAAAUACAAUGGCCCUGUCAUUUGUUUCUUUGUUUUGAAUAGAAGUUUUUUGAUGAAAGAGAAUAUAAUUAAGUUCUACAGUUUUAAGUUCAAAUAAUGAAAAGAGAACAUAAUUAAGUUCUA